AUGAUCGUUGGGCACUGCUGCAUCACAGUGGAGAGUCAGAAGUCGGCGGCCAACGAAAUGCAGCGCCAGCAUAACAUCUUAGAAGAGGCCCGUGCACGAGAAGCUGCAAGAGCCUCAAGAGCAGAGGCCGAAGCGGAACGGGCAAGAUCGGAAGCGGCAGCAGCUGGAGCCGCGGGUGGCUCCGUCAAUGAGGGCUGGCAGACCGUAAAUUAUGCGAGAGCGCUGAAACGGGCCCCUAAGACACCAAACCUGAACAUUCCCCCCCCCCCCCCCCCACCCGCUGCAACUCUGGCAAUAUACCCGGCUGAAGGCAGCGAAAUUAAAUCUGCGGAGGAAACCAAACUGGCGCUGAAGAAAUCGAAAGAAACGUUCAAAAAACGGUUUCAACGUCUUAAACAACGUCCUACGAAAAGAAUAUCGGAUUUAGAAGAAGACAUAUUGAAAAUGAAAGCAAGAGAAGAAGUACUUGCUUAUACUUUGAAAAUAACAUAUCAAAAUAUAAGAAAGAGUGUAUGUGACAAUAGGAGGAGUGGCAGAACACUCUGUAAAACUGAAAUGGUUCAUUGGUAUAUAGAUAAUGUGGAAGAAAAUGAGGAAAAGGCUGCGUCUAUAACAAAGCUCUUUGAUGCAAGCAUUUCAAAAUAUAAGAAGGUUUUUCAUUAUCCAUGGGAAAGCGUUAGGUUCAAGACAGGUAAUGUUUCACUAUCAAGAUCUUUGGUCCCUGUCAACCCAAAUAAUAUUGUCUAUUUACCUAAAGAAUUUAUAAAACCAUCAAUUCUUCAAACUCUCAAUUUGGACAACAUGAUUGAAUAUGUGGAUGUUCCUGACUAUUAUCUUGACCAAGUUGACAUAAGAAGUUUGCCUAACAUAUUAAAUUAUAUAGUGAGUCAGAUGGAUAAGAGAUUUCGCUAUUUACCAAUAUUAAAAGGAUUGAGUCCUGAUUUUAUAUACAUUUCCCAUGCACUAUUACAACCUCAAUACAGAGCAGUAUCAUUAAUGGCAGACUCAUCAAUUGAUAAAGGCCAGAACAAAAGUAUUACUGAACUAUGCAUAAACAUGUUGUAUUUUUGUAGAGUCAAUAGUUACUCUCAACAAGGAAACUUGCUGCGAACUUUGAACCGAACUGUAAAUUGUGAUAGCGUCGAGAAACAAGCUCCGCAAUACUUUAUUUUGAUACGAUCCCAUCUGAAAGAACACAUAUUGCACAUACAGUGGGUAGUGUGGCUCAUGUCCCAUCUCGGGACUCCGUACAGUAGGAAGAAAGGAGUUUUGACAAGGGCAAGAGCUAGACGGGAGCAGGAGGAGGAGGUGUGGAAGCCGCGCCCGAGUAUGGGUAUGGUGGAGCAGGAGGAGGGGGAAAGGGGGGAGAGACAGGUCACCUCUGAGCAACAGAGGGGACGUGAUGCCGAUGACCAAUACCACUCAGUCCGCAGUGGUAGUAGUGACUCAAGCCCCAACAGGCAUGCCUCACAGGAGUCUGUUGUUGCCAAUCGUAAUAAGGCUGUGCAUGCCGAGAGGGCAAGGAGAAGGGCAGAGUUGGUGGCUAAGAAAAGGGGCGUAGCACCAGCUAAACCGGAGGCGCGCAAGGAGCUGCUGCGCAAGUAUAUGCCCGAGCUGGCGGUGAAGAUACCCAAGAUGGCGCACGAAAUAACACAAGCGCACCUGCUCUCCAGCACAUCGUCAGAGGAGUCGUGUGGUGAGACAACCCCACCCAUCACUGAACCGGUAGAGCCUUCAGCACUUGCGCCUGCACCACCGCCACCGAGCAAGGAUAGUAUUCCAUUUUAUCAAAUAAAAGAUUUUGUUUCAUCCUGUGUCAAAGAUCUUGCAUUCUACAGAUGA